AGAAAGAAAGUUAUAAUAUUAGUGCUCUAGCACGAAUUGAUAGUGCCUGAAUAUUCUGUCCGUCUGUGUCUGUCUAUAAAACCAAACCAAACCCAGACCCAGGCUCGUCGUGCUCGCUGGUUGUAUUGUAUCCACCUGUGAAGCCCGCCUAGCUAGUCGCCGUGGCCCGUGCCCGAACAAGAAGCAGCUAGGUAGCAUGCGCACUCCGGCGAGCCUCCUCCACUCCCACUCAGCCAUCGCUGACACCCCAUCUCCGGCUGCUCUCCUGCUCCCUGCUCACGUAGAGGAGCAGCAGGCCAUCUCCGUGGACUCCGACACGGUGGUCAUCCUGUCGUCCCUCCUCUGUGCCCUCAUCUGCGUGGCCGGCCUCGCGCUUGUCGCCCGGUGCGCCUGCCGUAGAGGAGGAGGAGCCUCUGUUUCAGUGUCGGCCACCACCAGCGGCGGCAGGUCGUCCGCCCAGGCGCCCAGCGGACUGGAGAAGGCGGCCAUCGAGGCGCUGCCCACCGUCUCCGUCUCUUCUUCCCUGAAACAAGCAAGUAGAAGAGACGCCGCCGACAAGGAGGAGUGCGCCAUCUGCCUGGCGGCGUUCGUGGAGGGAGACCAGCUCCGUGUGCUGCCGCGCUGUGCCCACGGCUUCCACGCGGCCUGCGUCGAUACCUGGCUCGCCGCCCACGCCAGCUGCCCCUCCUGCCGCGCCACCAUCGUCUCCGUCGUAUCGCCGCUGUGCCGGAGGUGCGGGGCGGCGUGCUGCGACCAGCAGGAGGAAACCCCCAUGGCAGCACCGGAGCCUGCUGCUGCGGGGAGGGGCUUGCAUGCUUAGUACUCCUUCGCCAUCAUCAUUCAUAUCGAUCCAUUGAUCGACGUCUUGGAUCCCUUCACCGGCCCUAUACAUGCAUGCAAUGCCGCCCGCCAUUAAUUCAUCGGAAACAAGCAAGCACGCGCUACGUAAGAAUGCAUGUAUAUAGUUGUAGUUGGGUUGGAAAAUAAAUAGAUUUGCAGUGCAGAGAGCCAGAGACAGACAAAUCUGCUGACUGUUGUUGGAGAGAACAUGAACAUGCUAUCUAUGCCUACCCGUACUACGCUACGUGAUUCUCUUUAGCUCCUGACCGAUGCUUUAAUUUCUCCAUCCAGCCGAUGCUUGUGACUGCUCUCUCUGUGUUGUAACAAUAAUGAUGAUGGACUGCCCUUUGACCUCUUAAAGCAAAGCAAAGCAAAGUGAUGAGUUUAGUUUCA